AUGACUUCAUAUAGCUGCUGCUUGAUUCUUUUGCUGUUUACCUGGAGCACUGCUGCCUAUGGGCCAAACCAACGGGCACAGAAGAAGGGAGACAUUAUUCUUGGAGGAUUGUUCCCCAUUCAUUUUGGAGUGGCUGCUAAAGACCAAGAUCUAAAAUCAAGGCCAGAAUCAGUGGAGUGUAUAAGGUAUAAUUUCCGAGGCUUCCGCUGGCUCCAGGCUAUGAUCUUUGCCAUAGAAGAAAUAAACAGUAGCCCAACUCUCCUUCCCAACAUGACCCUGGGAUACAGGAUAUUUGACACUUGCAAUACAGUCUCGAAAGCCCUGGAGGCCACACUGAGUUUUGUGGCCCAGAACAAGAUAGACUCCUUGAACCUGGAUGAAUUCUGUAACUGCUCAGAACAUAUCCCUUCCACCAUUGCAGUCGUGGGAGCAACUGGCUCUGGCAUCUCCACUGCUGUGGCCAAUCUGCUGGGACUCUUUUACAUACCUCAGGUCAGCUAUGCCUCAUCCAGUCGUCUCCUGAGCAAUAAGAACCAGUUCAAGUCCUUCCUGCGCACAAUCCCCAAUGAUGAGCACCAGGCCACAGCCAUGGCAGACAUCAUUGAGUACUUUCGCUGGAACUGGGUGGGAACAAUCGCAGCUGAUGAUGACUAUGGCCGGCCAGGGAUUGAAAAGUUUCGGGAAGAGGCGGAGGAGAGAGAUAUCUGCAUUGAUUUUAGCGAGCUCAUAUCCCAGUACUCAGAUGAAGAGGAGAUCCAGCAGGUGGUAGAGGUCAUCCAGAACUCCACAGCAAGAGUGAUUGUUGUUUUUUCCAGUGGCCCAGAUCUGGAGCCUCUCAUCAAAGAGAUUGUCAGGAGAAACAUCACUGGCAAGAUCUGGCUGGCAAGCGAGGCCUGGGCCAGCUCUUCCCUAAUAGCCAUGCCGGAGUUCUUCCGUGUCAUCGGCAGCACCAUCGGGUUUGCGCUGAAGGCAGGACAGAUCCCAGGCUUUCGUGAGUUCCUGCAGAAGGUGCAUCCCAAGUCCACCAACAACGGCUUUGCCAAGGAGUUUUGGGAGGAGACAUUUAACUGCUAUCUCCCUGAUGGAUCCAAAACUUCUCCUGCUUCAACUUCCUUCCACAAGGGCCACGAAGAGGGUCUGGGAGCUGGAAAUGGAACAUCUGCAUUCCGACCUCCGUGCACAGGGGAUGAGAACAUCACCAGCGUAGAGACACCAUACAUGGACUACACACAUUUGCGGAUAUCCUAUAACGUGUACUUGGCAGUGUAUUCCAUCGCCCAUGCCUUGCAGGAUAUUUAUACCUGUACCCCUGGGAAGGGACUCUUCACCAACGGGUCCUGUGCAGACAUAAAGAAGGUGGAGGCAUGGCAGGUUCUCAAGCAUCUACGACACUUAAAUUUCACCAAUAACAUGGGGGAGCAGGUGGAUUUUGAUGAGUUUGGGGACCUGGUAGGAAAUUACUCAAUAAUCAAUUGGCAUCUCUCUCCGGAGGAUGGCUCUGUCGUCUUUGAAGAGGUUGGGCACUACAACGUUUAUGCCAAGAAAGGGGAGAGGCUUUUUAUCAAUGAAAACAAGAUCCUGUGGGGUGGAUUCUCUAAGGAGGUGCCUUUCUCCAACUGCAGCAGGGACUGCCUGCCGGGCACAAGGAAGGGCAUCAUUGAGGGAGAGCCCACCUGCUGCUUCGAGUGCGUGGACUGCCCCGACGGGGAGUACAGUGACGAGACAGAUGCAAGUGCCUGUGACAAGUGCCCUGAGGAUUACUGGUCCAACGAGAACCACACAUCAUGCAUCCCCAAGCAGAUAGAGUUUCUGGCCUGGACUGAGCCCUUUGGGAUUGCUCUGACUCUCUUUGCUGUGCUUGGAAUUUUCCUGACUUCUUUUGUUCUGGGAGUCUUCACCAAAUUUCGCAACACACCCAUCGUCAAGGCCACAAACCGGGAGCUAUCCUACCUCCUCCUCUUUUCCUUGCUAUGCUGCUUCUCCAGCUCAUUGUUCUUCAUUGGUGAGCCCCAGAAUUGGACUUGCCGUCUGCGGCAGCCAGCUUUUGGCAUCAGCUUUGUCCUCUGCAUCUCCUGCAUCCUGGUGAAAACCAACCGUGUCCUUCUUGUCUUCGAGGCAAAGAUCCCCACGAGUCUCCACCGAAAGUGGUGGGGCCUCAACCUUCAGUUCCUCCUGGUCUUCUUGUGCACAUUUGUGCAGAUUGUCAUCUGUGUGAUUUGGCUCUACACGGCCCCGCCAUCCAGUUACCGAAACCAUGAACUGGAGGAUGAGAUCAUUUUCAUCACCUGCCACGAAGGCUCCCUGAUGGCCCUCGGCUUCCUCAUUGGCUACACCUGCCUACUGGCAGCCAUCUGUUUCUUCUUCGCCUUCAAGUCUCGAAAGCUGCCUGAGAAUUUUAAUGAAGCCAAGUUCAUCACCUUCAGCAUGCUGAUAUUCUUCAUCGUGUGGAUCUCCUUCAUCCCUGCUUACGCCAGCACGUACGGCAAGUUCGUGUCUGCUGUGGAGGUGAUUGCAAUACUGGCUGCCAGCUUUGGGCUUCUGGCCUGCAUCUUCUUCAAUAAAGUCUACAUCAUCCUCUUCAAGCCCUCCCGCAACACAAUUGAGGAGGUGCGCUGCAGCACAGCUGCCCACGCUUUCAAAGUGGCUGCCAGGGCCACACUGAGACGGAGCAACGUAUCCCGCAAGCGCUCCAACAGCCUGGGGGGCUCCACCGGCUCCACCCCUUCCUCCUCCAUCAGCAGCAAGAGCAACCACGAGGACCCUUUUCCUCUGCCGGCCUGUGCCGAGCGGCAGCGCCAGCAGCAGCGCGGGUGCAAGCAGAAAGUCAGUUUUGGGAGCGGAACGGUGACGCUGUCGCUGAGCUUCGAGGAGCCGCAGAAGAACGCCAUGGCCAACAGGAAUGCCAAGCGCCGGAACUCGCUGGAGGCCCAGAACAGCGACGACAGCCUGAUGCGGCACCGGGCCCUGCUUCCCCUGCAGAUCAAUGAGCCCCUCGGGGCUGAGCCCGGCUUCCAGGCAGCUUCCAGCCCGGAGACCAGCUCGCAGGAGUCGGUGGUGGGAGACAACAAAGAAGAGGGACCAAGCCCUGAAGUGGAGCCUUCCCUGCCAUCGGUUAACUCCCGAAAUUUUAUAGGCACUGGAGGUGGCUCUGUCACAGAGAACACGGUACAUUCCUAA